GCGCGCAGUGGAAGAUGUGUCUAUCCUCAGCGUCGCCUGCUCGCUUAGCAACUCUCUUAAUAGACAGAAUUAAAACUUAUAGGUGCGGUUUUAAUACUGUAACAAUAUAAAAAUCAUUUUAAAAGCAGUAAUUGGUACAAUUAAAACUAUGCUUAAUUAUUCCCCCACCCCCGUGUUUUCAGCAGUUCUUAUUUUUAUCUGUGAGUCGUCUUGAGUUCCAGUAGGAAAAAAGGCGCGGUAUGAAGAAAUACGCAGUAACAAUAAUAAGGACCCUAAGUAAGUAUGCAUAGCGUUUUGCAGCCCUGGUCCUGUGUUUACUCAGAAGUAAACGGAGAUUUUAAAUCCUCCUCGUUAAGCUUUAAUCCGGUGCCUUCUUGCCUGCGAGUGAGUCCAACCGGGGACUUGCUUGCGAGUACAGUACAUAUGCAUGUGCUUGCACUGUCUUGCUUCUCUCCUUCGGGUUCUGGAUUCCCUGGCACCUGCCUAUUUCCCGGAAUGUCGCCCAGCGAAAGGGGGGGGCGACAAAACUCCUCCUGCUCCGCACAUAAACACUGGCGCCCUUAUUAGAUCCAAUGAAAGGUUCAUUCUGUCUCCCAACAGCAGCAGACUAGAUGCCUCUAGGCAGCUAAGGCACAAACAUGCACAUAGAAAGACUACAUCUCCUCCUUCUUACUCUCGAUCCACAGCCUUCCUAACAACUCUGCUAAUCCGAGAGGCUAAUAAUGCAAUAGUGCAGCAACCCUUCGCAGACGCUUGGGAGCAAGUACUGUUGGAACUCCGUGGGGUGGAUCGGGGUUGCACUGCUGCAGUCACGAGUCCUGCACGCUUCCAGGGGCGCAAUAAAGCCGGCUGAAACGCAGCGAGCCUGCCGAGGAAAACGCGCAGGAUAAAAGCGCGCGGCUGCAAUCCUAACCGUUCUUCCUCACAGCAACAAGCCCAAUCGGUGCGCCUGGACCGCAGUCUCAAGUUAACCCGGUUGAACUCAAGUUACAGACUCGCUCUGCCCGCGCUGGGAACAUGCGCACGGGCCGCAAGUUUGUCCCAAGCGGGCCGCCGUCGGACUAAGAUGGCGGCGCCCAUAGAGCGGUAAAGUGGGCGGGCGGGGAUGGGGGAGAGCCGGCGCCGAUGGCUGAUUUCAAGCGCUGGAAGGAGCAGCGGCUGUCGCGCGCGGACGGGAGCCGGAAGGGCAGCGUGGACGAGCCCAUUGCGGGGAUCGUGCGGCUUCUCAAUGGGCACGACAGCUUCUGCACCACCAGCUCGUGCUCGGGGCGCGUGGUUGUGCUGGAGCAGCCGCCCCUGCCUCCCCGCGCCGAGGUGAGCGCGGCUAAGGAUCGCUUGGAGAAGGGAGCUGGGCUGGGGCGAUACUGCCACCGCCACCAACGCGGGGGACCCGGAAACCCAACAGCUUUUUCCUCCAGCCUAAAUGGCUGGCUCAGGGUGUCUCCUGCGUCCUCUGGAGUUUUGUGCAGAUUUCGGAACACCGCCCAUGUUUUAUUCAUAAGUAAAACCUUAGUUCCGUACGCUCCUGUGCGAAUCUUAAUUUUUAGGAUUUAAAAUAACGCGGAGAGCCUGUCGGGCUUCUUAAAGCCUAAUACAUUUCAUAAAAUUUGUACACCGCUUUAUUUACAAAAAAACCCCACCACUACACUCAAAGCGGUGUAUGAAAAAGAUAAAACCGUAAAAUCGUGGCGGGGGGUGGGGUGGAAUUUGACACACUAAAACAUACGAGAGGUUAAAAUACUAAAACAGAUUAAAACCAGUGUGCCGUUAAAUCGACUUCCUCAGACUGCAGGUUCUCGAAAACGUAAUAAGACAUUUAUUAGUCCGCUUAAGGCGCCGCAAAAUUCUGGGAUGCUUUUGUUGUCGGAGACGGUGGUGGCUGCUCUGCUGGAAAUCCUUGCUUAGUGCGACUUGCUACUGAGUAGCCGUCAGCAAUAGGAAUCCAGGGGUGCAGCCAUUUCUACCGAUCCCCGCCCCACUCACAGCCGCUAGACGUUGGGAUUCAGCAUCUCCUCUCCUUAAAAUUGCAUUAUCUCCCUAUGGAAAGAAAUCUGCCUUUUCCAAAAUUAUUCAGGAUUUUCAGUUCAGCUCACAGAAGUUUAAAUGGGGAUUGAAAACUCACACCUCGUGCCUUUGUCAAGACCCAAGGUGACUCACAGCAUUAAAAGGAAAACAGUUUAACAACCCACAGUCAGCAUAAAUGGGGAUUUUUUGGGGGGGGGGGAGUAAUUUUGUUGAAACAGCACUGGAAACACUGAAAACCAUUUAAAUGAAAAAAGCGCGAUGGAAAUAAAUGUGUGUAAACCCACCCUCAGAAGUCUUUUCCACAACAGCCCCUUAGUGGCCAAAGGCUUUGCCUGCUGCAGAAAGGAAAGGAGAGAGGGUGCCAGGCUAGCCUCCCAUGGAAGGGUGUUCCACAAUCUGGGAGGAGCCACCAAAAAGGCUCGCUCUUGUGACUUCCCCCAAUGUGCCUGUCAGGGUAUUGGGACCAAAACAGAAGUCUCCCUAGAAGAUCUCAAAGCCCAGGCAGACUCAAAUAGAGAGAUCUGAUCCCUCAGUUAUCCUAGACACACGCCAUAGGUCAUAACUAGUGCUUUGAGAUGUUUCUGGAAACAAACGUAACCAGUGGAGUUGUUAUACUCCCUGUAACUGGCUCCAGUUAGCAAGCUGGUUGCAGCAUCUUAGGACACUUUCCACAGGCAGCCCCACAUAGAACAUGUUGCAAUAAUCCAAAUGGGGUAUAAUUAAGACAUUGUACCACCAUGGGCAGAUCAGGCGUCUCCUGGAGCUGGCACAGUUGGUGCACAAGUGUAACUCUCCACAGCCCCAGUAGAAUCCCUAUUUCCUGAUCUGCCUUUUUACUGACCAGGUGCCUUGUCUGUUUUUUUUUGUUCACCCCUAUUUGUUCCAUUACUGACACCAGACAAUAGUUUAGCACCGAAACACCUUCCUCAGAUUUAAGAUGGAGAGAGAUAGUUGGAUGUCAUUUGCAUACUGGUGACACUGAAACCCAAAACUCUGGACAAGGUUAUCGAUGGAGGUCCAUUCUUAACCUGAAACUAUUCUUAACCUGAGGUACCACUUUAGCUAAUGGGGCCUCCCGUUGCCACUGCGCCGCCACCACAUGAUUUCUGUUCUCCUCCUGAAGCAAAGUUCUUAACCUGAACUAGGUUAGUGGGGUCUGUAACCUGAAGCGUAUGUAGCCUGAAGCGUGCCCAAGGUACCACUGUACCAGUAGCUGGAAAUCACAGGUGGGAGAAAGAGUGCUUUUGAACUCAGGUGCAGCUUCCUAUGGGCAUUUGAUUAGCAUUGUGAGAACAGGAUAUUUUAUCAGGCCUUUGGCCUGAUCCAGCAGCAGUCAUCUUCUGUUCAUAAGGUUUCUUUUACCUAAGCCCAAUGUGGCAGGUUCCAAAAAAGAUUGUUUUUUGGUUAUUUCUCUUGUCUCCUUCCCUCUCCUUCUGCUGAAACAUCUCAUACUCUCACUUUGACACAUUUGUUCCACCGCACUGUGCUUUUCUAUCUGGCCUUUCUUUCUCCCUCUCACCUGCGGUGUGAAAUUUGUUGUGGGAAGUGUUCUGCAUUGGUUUCUAUAUAUCCAGAGAUUUGUGAAACGAUUUCGCCUUCCUGCUAGGCUACCACCGGCUUUGAGAUACAGAAGCAGAAUUGCAACUGGCUCAUGGUGACCCAUCAAAUAUGUACAAUCGAAAACGUGGUAAGAGAACUGUUCCAGGGUGAAUUCUUUAUGCAUGCAUAGAAAAUCCUUGUUUGUUCCAUUUGCAUACAGUCAAUAAUUUUGAGAUUUAUUUUGAGAUCUGGAAAUUGUAGCAGUUUCCAAUAUCUACCAGGUGAGGGCAGACUUAGGGUAGCAGAUGCAAGAUGUUAGCACAGAAAUAAAAUGCCAUUGUUGUAGAAUGAUGUGUUAGAUUUUUCAUAUUUGGCUAAUAGAAUUGUUACAGUGAAAGUAUGAGAGAUCUUUAACAUCUAUGAAUCAGUUGCAUGUAAUAUAGGCUGUAUUUCACUUGUUAAAAAAAGUGGACUACCAAGUUUUUAAAGAAGGCAAGACAUUUGAUUCCAUUGCUGCUGUAUUUCUGCUUGUAACAGUUAUAAUCUUUGUGUGAUAGCCUUAAUGCUAUCACACAAAUAUUAUAAUUGCUACCUGUCUGAUGCAGGAUUUCCAGGAGGCCAGUUCUUUUACAUCAGAAGAUACAGCAUUCCACGCUUGUAGAUCUGAUUGAAUCUCUGGAGGGAAGACUGUAGUUCCAGUAACUAAAUACGUGAAAAUAUUUCCCUGACGCCCCUUUCUCAAAACACCACAUGGCAAAACUCUCUAUUAUUAUUAUAGUUUAAUGAAAAAUGGGUAUUUCUGAGAUCUGAAAAAGGACUUGUUUCAACCUCAGCAGUAUAUAAUUACAGUUCCAGAAGUUAUGCUUUCAUAUUUAUUGAUUGAGAGCCUGAUCCUACACCCACUGGGAAUUUGGCAGUUGGCUUUUGUGGAAGAAAGGCGGGAGUGUGCAUAGGAAAUUACUUUCAGUAUUUUAAUAUUAAAGUUGAGCCUUUUGCAGGAAAUUAGUGAUCUAGAAGCUAUACGGUAACAAUAUCCUUCAAUCACAAUGCAUAUUUCAGAACCAUAUUUUGAAGAAACGUGAUUUGUAAGUCUCCAUAGAUUUAGCCAAAGAAACUAUAAGCAUGUGUAGAGGAAAAGCAGCCAGUGCUUUCUUUGAAGAAUGCACCAUAGCAGCUCUAAUACCCGAUAGCUGUGUUUUAAAAUGAAUUUGUCUGUUGAAGCUGCUUUCUUUAUCUAGUGAUGCUACUACUGUGGCAAAUUCCUUUUUCUUUUAUCUCAAGGUACACCCAGGGUGUCCUCCUUCCAUACCUGCCUAUAUCUUUUUUUGGAUUUAUGGUUUAGGAUGAUGAUUAAAUUGUAUUUUAUAUGCUUCCUUUUCCUAGGAUAGAGGAUAAAUCAUUUUAACUGUAACUGUUCUGCUAGACUUACCUGUGAAAACUGGGAGGUGGGGGGAGAGGGAAUAUAGAAAAGUAUGUUUGGGAGUCUGUAAUUAAACUAAAUUUUCAAAUACACUGGCACCUUCAUAAUUAGGGUAUUUUGAAUGGAGUACGUACAGUAUUUAAGAGCACAGGCCAGCUGAUCUUACUUAAGCUUAUCAUUUCCAAUGAUUGGUUGAGUGGAGGAAGUUCAAACAACUGAUCUUUAUUCUAUCCCCUGUGGCUCCCUGGAAACUCUCGCUAGAAUUCGGGUGGAUCUCCUGAACACUAGGGGCUGUACAACUGCAGUGCGAGGAGAGCAAAAGAAUCUUGAUCCAGGAGUCUCUCCCAACCCUCUGGCGAGGAUUUCCCGGCAACCUUUCUCUUCUGACAGGGUUGCAUGCUUUGCCUUCCACUUGCACAACCAUAGUAUACAACCCCUUGUUUUUACUUCAAGAGGUUAGUAUAGAAUUUCAGGGGCUGGUAGUUAAAGAACCCAGCUCUUAUUUUUAGAUCUCUAGCCCAUAGUCGAAAGAGCAUGGAGAAGAAGUGCUGAAUCCAUAUGCCAUGCAAUAUGGUCAAAGAGCCCAGGCGAGCUUAAGGUGUUAAAGAAGAUGAAGUUGUGUGUCCUAGCAACCGUGUGGUCUCCUAGCAGCAGACAUUCCAUCAGGUAGCAGAAAGGAGGGGGAGAAAAGAAGAAGGGUUGUCAUCAAUCAUCGCUGCUGAGAGACAAGCUGCCUUUGGCUCUUCCUCAGAGCUGUCACUUAGUGACAGCCAUUCUAUCCCAGCUGAUUGUUGUAUGAACUGGUUUCUUCCCCACCCCACACUAAGGACCUCCUUAGCAAGCCGCUCAGGGAACCUUUUCAGCUAAUGAGUGGGCAAAAGCAGUUUUAAUUAAUUAUUGAAUAAUUGGUAUUGGAGGUGUAACCUUUCUAUGUAGAGAAAUUUGAUGUGCCUAACUUGAAUCUAUAACUUCAUUAGAGACCUGCAAACCUGUAGAAAGUUUGGGAAAAAAUCAGAUGUUAUAUGAAGAUUUCUAAUGAUAUUUUAAAGAAAAAACUAAUACAGUGGUACCUCGGGUUAAGUACUUAAUUCGUUCCGGAGGUCCGUACUUAACCUGAAACUGUUCUUAACCUGAAGCACCACUUUAGCUAAUGGGGCCUCCUGCUGCUGCCACGCCGCCGGAGCACGAUUUCUGUUCUCAUCCUGAAGCAAAAUUCUUAACCUGAAGCACUAUUUCUGGGUUAGCAGAGUCUGUAACCUGAAGUGUAUGUAACCUGAAGCGUAUGUAACCUGAGGUACCACUGUACAUACAUCCUACCAACAAUAGUUGGAUUUGUUUUGAUUUGUAGUUAUUUUAAUUGAUGCAUUCUUUCCUUUCACUUUGCAAUAUCGUUUGAAUUAGUGUGGCCUACUACAGAUUAAUCACUACUCUUGGCUCAUAACUAUAGCUAAAAGCAUUACUUAAAUUCAGGCCAGAUUAUUUAUUUUGGAUGGGCAGAAAAAUAGAGAAACUUUGAACUGUGCAGGCAAGAACUUCUAUAGAGUACAGUGGUGCCCCGCAAGACGAAUGCCUUGCAAGAUGGAAAAACCGCUAGACGAAAGGGUUUUCCGUUUUGAAGUUGCUUCGCAGGACGAAUUCCCCUAUGGGCUUGCUUCGCAAGACGAAAAUAUCUUGCGAGUCUUGAGAUUUUUUUUCGCUUUCCCCCCCCUUUAUCUAAUCUGCUAAGCCUUUAAUAGCCUUUAAUAGCCUUUUAGCAGCUAAUCCCCUAAGCCUUUAAGCCUUUAAUAGCCGCUAAACCGCUAAUAGCGCUAAUAGCGCUAAUCCGUCAAUGGGCUUGCUUCGCAAGACGAAAAAACCGCUAGACGAAGACUCUCGCGGAACGGAUUAAUUUCGUCUUGCGAGGCACCACUGUACAAACUUUCACAUGGUUGGCACCAGCCAUGAUCCGACAAUGGUAAUUUAGCAACUGUACAAAUUCUGCUGUGGUAAAAAUUCCUCACUGAAGGGAAAUUAUACUCUAGCUGGAGCUGCUGCUUUUAUCUAGCAUAGAAUAGUGACAUUUACUAGACUAGAUUUCAGUCUGCUUCUGUGCUGGUCAAUCUCUUUCCAAAGUGGAGAGAUAAUAUUCCUGAAUGAAGGCACUGCUGAGAGGAAAAAGUAGUCAUAUACUGGUCUCUCCUCCCGCCCUUUAAAAGUCAUCCUUUAAAAAAAAAAGUUUCAGAGUUUGAUUGUCGAAUAUGUGCCCCCUCCCAAAAUUUACACAUCUCUCGAAGCAGUGCUUUACCCUUGCUGCUAGAUUGAGUAUUUUUAAAAAACAGAUUGUUUGGAGGCUUUUGGUGAGACUUUACGAAUUUGGAGCAAAUGAUUCAGCAGAGGAAACACAGCCCAGAAUAACUAAGGAGAUAGUACAAGAAUACUUGGCUAGUUUAGAUGUAUUCAAGUCUCCAGGGCCAGAUGAACUGCAUCCAAGAGUAUUAAAAGAACUGGCAGAUGUGAUCUCAGAACCACUGGCAGUCAUCUUUGAGAAUUCCUGGAGAACAGGCGAAGUCCCGGCUGACUGGAGGAGGGCAAAUGUUGUCCCUAUUUUCAAAAAGGGGAAAAGAGAGGACCCAAAUAAUUACCGCCCAGUCAGUCUGACAUCAAUACCAGGGAAGAUUCUGGAGCAGAUCAUUAAGCAAACAGUCUGUGAGCACCUAGAAAGGAAUGCUGUGAUCACCAAUAGUCAGCAUGGAUUUCUGACAAAUAAGUCAUGUCAGACUAACCUGAUCUCGUAUUUUGACAGAAUUACAAGCCUGGUAGAUGAAGGGAACGCAGUGGAUGUAGCCUACCUUGAUUUCAGCAAGGCAUUUGACAAGGUGCCCCAUGAUAUUCUUGUAAAGAAGCUGGUAAAAUGCGGUCUUGACUAUGCUACCACUCAGUGGAUUUGUAACUGGCUGACUGACCGAACCCAAAGGGUGCUCAUCAAUGGUUCCUCUUCAUCCUGGAGAAGAGUGACUAGUGAGGUGCCACAGGGUUCUGUCUUGGGCCCAGUCUUAUUCAACAUCUUUAUCAACGACUUGGAUGAUGGACUCAAGGGCAUCCUGAUCAAAUUUGCAGAUGACACCAAACUGGGAGGGGUGGCUAACACCCCAGAGGACAGGAUCACACUUCAAAAUGACCUUGACAGAUUAGAGAACUGGGCAAAAACAAGCAAGAUGAAUUUUAACAGGGAGAAAUGUAAAGUAUUGCACUUGGGCAAAAAAAAAUGGGAGGCACAAAUACAAGAUGGGUGACACCUGGCUUGAGAGCAGUACAUAUGAAAAGGAUCUAGGAGUCUUGGUUGACCACAAACUUGACAUGAGCCAACAGUGUGACGCGGCAGCUAAAAAAGCCAAUGCAAUUCUGGGCCUCAUCAAUAGGAGUAUAGCAUCUAGAUCAAGGGAAGUAAUGGUGCCACUGUAUUCUGCUCUGGUCAGACCUCACCUGGAGUACUGUGUCCAGUUCUGGGCACCACAGUUCAAGAAGGACACUGACAAACUGGAACGUGUCCAGAGGAGGGCAACCAAAAUGGUCAAAGGCCUGGAAACGAUGCCUUAUGAGGAACGGCUAAGGGAGCUGGGCAUGUUUAGCCUGGAGAAGAGGAGGUUAAGGGGUGAUAUGAUAGCCAUGUUCAAAUAUAUAAAAGGAUGUCACAUAGAGGAGGGAGAAAGGUUGUUUUCUGCUGCUCCAGAGAAGCGGACACGGAGCAAUGGAUCCAAACUACAAGGAAGAAGAUUCCACCUAAACAUUAGGAAGAACUUCCUGACAGUAAGAGCUGUUCGACAGUGGAAUUUGCUGCCAAGGAGUGUGGUGGAGUCUCCUUCUUUGGAGGUCUUUAAGCAGAGGCUUGACAACCAUAUGUCAGGAGUGCUCUGAUGGUGUUUCCUGCUUGGCAGGGGGUUGGACUCGAUGGCCCUUGUGGUCUCUUCCAACUCUAUGAUUCUAUGAUUCUAUUCUGUGUACGUUGUGGACAGUCACAGCUACACAACGCUGCCUCCAGAGCUCCAAAAUGAUAUCACCUGUAUCUUUGGGAAGUCAAAUCCCAGUAGAAUGUGUAGCUGAAUCCAUUAUGCUGAAGGGAAUAAACCAAGCAGAGUAUGUAAAGUAGUACGUGUUGUAGAAAUUUAUUUUUAAUUAGCAGGCUGAAUCAGCUUCUGCUGUGCAGUGUUUUUGCGAUGCUAAAUAGGCUAGCUAUUUUCUUAUGGCUCACAGAUGUAGCACUGAUAGUAACAUACUGUACUGUGGAUCUUCCAGCUUACAGCCUUACAGAAAGCGACAGAUGAUGCCAUAUUCAAAUUUGAACCAUUUGUGCUUCAUGUGCAGUGUCAAGACCUUCAAGAUGCACAACUCCUGGUAAAGUGAAGUAUUGCUGUUGUACUUAAAUUCCAUACUUGCUACAUAAGAAACAGUUGGCUCUUAACUAAGUUCUCACACCUACAAGCAUUCCCCAAAGCAUUCUGCGUUUAAUAACUAGGACUAUGAAAAUACGAUGAUGGGAGCGAAAUGGGAUUUUUAUUAUUUCUGCAGAUGUGAUGCUCACAAGUGAAAUUAUGGCUUGGUUAAAAUCAACGGCAAAGAUCCCACUGAUGUUGGAAUGAGAAUUUCAGAAACAUUGCCUAUCCUGUUUGGCUGACAUGGUUUCAUGUGGUAGCCAGCACCCUUUCGGGGCUAAACUUGUGAUAAUUAAGACUGUGACCAUGCAUCUUCCAGGAGCUAUUGCAAGCUUCUUUCUACUACUUUGGUUCACAUCAACAACAACAAAAAUGCUAUAUUUGGCUUUUCCUAACUUUUUGGCUUUGCUGAGUAUUAUGUAAUAUGGCCACAAUUUGGAGAAGGGCCUACUAGAGAAGACUUGGUGUUGCUGUUUUUUCCCUACAUGGCAACUCUUCGUCCAUCCAGCGUUUCUCAAACUUGGGUCCGCAGCUGUUGUUGGACUAUAACUCCCAUCAUCCCUGACCACUAAUCCUCUAAGCUAAGGAUGGUGGGAGUUAUAGUCCAACAACAGCUGGAGACCCACGUUUGAGAAACAUUGGUCUGUGCCAUAUUGCAAGCUGUUUUUAAAGCUGGAUGUUUUUCCCCCAAAAGUAGCCUUGGAAAUUGUUUGGCAGCUCUGCUGCUCGAGAGAUGCAAGCUCUCUCAUGCACUGAGAGCAGAAGUGGGGCCAUAUUCCUUUGUGAGCAACCUUCUGGGGGCUGUAGGCAAGUGGAGGGCGGGCCAGAGAGAAAAGUGGGUGGAGCAACAAAUGUGAAUGAGGUGUAGCCUCAGAAGGCUCCAGGGGGCUGGAUUUGGCCUCUGGGUCUGAGCUUCCUCGCCCCUGAAUUGCCUGUAACAUACGGCUUUUAAGCUUUCCAAUUCACAACACAUUUCCACACUACCAUCAAGCACGCCCCUAUUGAAUUCAAAUCAUGAACAUUUUAGAGUUGCAAUACAAUUUACAGCACGGUGUUUUAUCUAAAGCUCAGGGGUAUUUCAAAGCAAAAACAACCGUUUAUAAUUCAGGUUUUAAUAUAACAAGUCAUUUGAAAUAACCAUCCCUAUUUCUGAAAGUAUUUAGACUGGAAACAAAUACUCGACAGUGCACUUAGUUUCAUUGUUGCCCAUCUCUCCGAGGCCAUAGCUGAAGGAUGUGGUUGAUGACGGCUGUUUCCCCUCUUGCCUUUUAUAGCACAAAGUGGCUAUAGAAGCCGGGUUCCGGAACUCUGGCAUAACUGUUGGCCGAAAAGGAAAAAUUAUGAUGGUAUGUUAUGUGUUCCUACAUUGGGGGGGGGGGGGCAGGCACAGCCGAAGUACUGCUUCCAUGUGGGUACUAUUUACCGUAUUUUUCGCUCUACAAGACACACCAGACCAUAAGACGCACCUAGUUUUUGGAGGAGGAAAACAAGAAAAAAAAUAUUCUGAAUCCCAGAAGCCAGAAAAGCAAGAGGGAUCGCUGCGCAGCGAUCCCUUUUGCUGUUCUGGCUUCAGCGAUAGCUGCGCAGGCUGCAUUCGCUCCAUAAGACACACACACAUUUUUAGGAGGGGAAAAGUGUGUCUUAUAGAGCGAAAAAUACAGUAUGUGGCCUUCUCAGGUUCUGCGAUGGCAGGGAUGUCUUUUUGAGGCACUGGUAUGACAGGCAUGAAUACGACUUUGAGUCCAGUACCCAGUAGAAUGCUGUGGUCCUAACAAUAAUGCUGAAGAGAAUAAACCAAGCAAAGCCAGAGUGGUAAGGCAGGUUUCAGAUAUAUAUAUAUAUAUAUAUAUAUAUAUAUAUAUAUAUAUAUAUAUAUAUAUACUUGGAAUCAGCUUCAACCCAUCUCGAGGUGCCCCCAAAUGCUCUUGGUCAGACCUUGAGAGCAGCCACAGCCCUAAAAGUCAUUACAUCGUGGUUGCCACAUAUAUGACCACAUGCUAAUUUUCAUCAAGCUAUGUGAACGUACUUUGUGGUGGAAAUAUGCAGUGCCUCCCUUUUGCCGUCUCGUUCCCAAAAUGCAAUGAUAAAAUUAUUACUUUUCUUUAAUUAAUUUGCCUCCCCGGUGGGGGUAGCUGCUGCCUCCAGUUCAGUAAAUGAUGGUGAAAUCUAGGUUUUCUGUUUUCGUCUCACUUGCAGGCUGUCCGUAGCACUCACUGCUUAGAAGUUCCCCUAAGCAGGAAAGGAAAACUGAUGGUCAGUGAAGAAUACGUUGACUUUGUGGUUCAAGUUGCUAAUCAGAAGAUGGAAGAAAAUUGGAAGAGAAUUGACAGGUUUGUUAACAAUAAAUAACUAGUUUAUACCAAUCCUAGCAGUUAAAACAUUGGUAGCAGGAAAAGGAAGAAGAUGUAGAUAAGAUGCAAGUGGUAAGCUACCAGAUAGAAAGCUAAAAUUAACUUAUUGUCUAGCAGACCUUGAAGAAACCCAAGUCCAUAUGCCUUUAUUUUUAUUUUUUUAAAGGUUUUACAGCUCUCUCCAGCUUGCUUUGGAAAGCAGAGACCAUUCCAUUAGCUCACCUCUCGAGGAGAAAGAAGAGAACAAAGAAGAGAGCAAUACCAUGGACUCCUACAGAAGAAAAAUUAAGUCUAAAGGAACUGAAAAGGAUGGUGAAUGUACUUCUCCUGGGAAAAACAGAGGCUUAGAAAGUGAAGAUGAGACAGAAAACAGUCUUGGUGUUUUUCACUAAAAUAUGGUACAGAUAAUUGUGUGAAGUAGAUAUAUACCCACAUUAUGUUUGUAUAAUGUUUAGUUUGUUUUGCUCUUUGUGAGAGCUUAGCCGAUAGAUUACUGUGCUCUAUAAAGUAGCAUUUUAUUAACAUAGAUUACUAUGGAUAUUAAAUUACCAGCAAAGUAAUAGAAUGCCACAAAAUGUCAAUGAACAUAGGGAAAUGGCAUUUUUAAUACCGGAGGUAAAACUUGUUCUUCAAGCAAUAUUGUUUUACACAAAAUAUGCAAUAUUCCAAACUACCUAAUUCCAAACUGCCACCAUAGUUGUGCUCUGUAUUUGCUAUUCCAGUUUUGAAAACCCAGUCUGAAAGUUCUGUUGUUAAAUAUAUUUAUCUUCUUCACUUAGUAGAGAUAAUUUCAAAUGUUUACGAGACGAAAAUAAGUGUGAAACAAAUUCAUCCUUGAUUACGCUACUGAAAUAAAUGAUUGUCACAAGCA